AUGGCGAAGCACACGGCGGCUUUAAAGGUCGGACUUGCUCUGCUCGCAUUAAGCAUGGUGGGUUACAUACUUGGUCCGCCGCUUUACUGGCACCUCACUGAAGCUUUAGCUGUUUCAGCUUCUUCUUGCUCUCCUUGUGCCUGCGACUGCUCUUCGCAGCCACUUCUCGCCAUUCCCAAAGGACUCAGCAAUGCUUCUUUCGCCGAUUGUGCAAAGCGUGAUCCAGAGGUGAACGAAGAUACAGAAAAGAACUACGCUGAACUCUUAACAGAGGAACUGAAGCAACGCGAAGCAGAAUCGAUGGAGAAACACAAACGUGUCGACACAGGUUUGUUAGAGGCAAAGAAGAUAACAUCAUCUUACCAAAAAGAGGCAGAUAAGUGUAACUCGGGUAUGGAAACAUGUGAAGAAGCAAGAGAGAAGGCAGAAAAAGCACUUGUCGAGCAGAAGAAGCUGACUUCUACAUGGGAACUGAGAGCUCGCCAAAAAGGAUGGAAAGAUGGAGCCACCAAGUCAACUGUUAAAUCCAAAAGCAGUGUUCAGGUUUCUUAG